UUGUACGAUCGCUAUCAAAAUCAGAAGUUUAUUACCACUAAUAAUGCUAAUACUCGAAGAACGCCAAGUUGGAUUAAAAUUCGCGUCAAGCAAUACGCUCUGAGAAUUGAUUUGAACUCUGAAAGUUCAUCAAGUGGAAGUUCACUAAAAAGAAAAGUUAGUUCAUUAGGAGGGGCUAGUUCAUCGAAAAGUGUUAAAAAAUAG